AUGACCUCGACUUUUGUACCUCGCGUCGCAAGAAUUCAAAUUUACGACCAUUCAUCUACAAACUCCGGAUAUGACAAUAGAGUAGGUUUGAGCGAAAAUUUGUGGAAAGAAUUAAUCGAGGAAUCAAUCGUGGAUGAAGACGAAUUUUUACGAGCGACGUUAAAACCUUUCACUUGUGUUUCCAUAACUCCGACCAAAGAAACUCGAAAAAACCCCUUAAACAAGAACAAAGAGAAGUCCUCAGAUUCAUCAAUUUUUUCAUCCAUCAUUACUUAUGGAAAAUGUCAGCCUUCCGAAUUCAAGACUUCGCAGGAUCACGUUUGCUACGUUUCUCAGGAUUUUGCAAAACAAAAUGUUCUUUAUAAUGGAACCGUGGUUGAAAUCUAUAAUGCAAGUCCGGUUGAGUUGGAAGAAGUUGUACUGGGCGCAUUGAAUUCCGAGUCUUAUGAAUUAUCAUUAAGAGACCCGUCCGUAAUUUCAAAUCACCUUUGCACUUCUCCCGUUCCGAUCGUAAUUCGUCAUGGACAAAUCUAUCAUUUACAAAGUUCGUCCACAAAUGCAUCAUCUUUCGAUUUUGUGGUUCUCAUGUGUAAUCCAGUUCUACAAGGGGUUAUUGCGGAUCACACCAAUUGCAUCAUAACAGACAUGUCCGAAGAAUUUUCACGUGACAGUUAUGAACAUGAGCAGGAAUCUGGUCAUAGUACUUUAGAGCUUGAUAAUAAGAAUGAAUUGUUGGAUCAAAAUAUCUUAGACCCAAAGGACAAUUUCUUACUGGCAUUCCUUGAUGUUAGUAAACAGGACCAGUUAAACGAAGAAGAAUCAAAUAAAGCAUCUUCGAACAUUUCAUCAUCGUCAGAUGAAGAGAGCUCGAAUAGUGAGGUACCAGCUCCGUCAAAGCAUAAGUUUUCUCCCCUAAUUUUAGAAUCCCCUUUUCCAACAAAUCUGUUACAACCAACUCCAAAUGAGAAAGACGACUCGGAAUCGAGAGUUCUGGUUAACUUGAAGGAAUUAGUUAAACUAGGUCUGCUGAGCGGAAGUUGGGUUUUAGUGUCCGGUCCUAAGAUCGAGAAAACCAGGAUGUGCAAAGUUUAUGCAGUUGAUGUUCCAGCUUCAACUGAGCAUCCUUUCCCCCCUGCAUACAUUACACCGGUUCUUUAUUUUAAUCUUGACUUCGACAAUGUUACCUCAACGUCCGAAAAAGAAUUAUACAUUCAGCCUAUCAGGCGAGCGCAAUCCGCAGCACCUAUCGCCAAAAGUAUUUCUGUUUCAAGAAUAGCCUCUCCCUAUUCAACAGACAGAAACAUUUAUAAUGCGAGUAUCAAUGGUCUGACAAAGUGGUUUGAGGACGCUGACAGAAUUGUAUGCGAAGGAGAUAUAAUACCAAUACUAAUAGACGAAGAGGCCGCACGUUUACGGCCACAAAAGACCGAGGGGGAUAUCGAAGAGCUGGAGGACAUGGAUAUUGCGACUUUACCGAUCAAACCUAAUCUCAUUGUGUAUUUUAAGAUAUCCAUGAUGAAGUUGAAAAAUAAUAAAAAUUGUUUUAUUUAUGGAUAUGGUAGACGAGUGGACCCGAAUAAUACUCGAUUGGUUCAGACUGGAAUGGAACAUGCGAAAGUGCCAGCUUUGAAACAUUACUUCAAUAUCAACACAGAAACCCCCAGUUUUUUUCAUAUUGAUUCAACACUCACCUCACCGGAAACUCCAUAUUCAAGGCUUUUGAACCUUAUUUCUUCGUGUCUGCACCCAAAUGCUUCAUCAUUGAAUCUUACUUGUACUGUUCUUUUACAUGGGCCUCGCGGUUGUGGUAAAAAAACGAUUGCCAAGUGGGUGGCCGAACGAGUUGGAGUGCACGUAUAUGAAGUAAAUUGCUUUGAAUUUGCUGGUGAAACAGAUUCGAAGACAGAGUCGUCACUUCGUGGAAAAAUUGAUAAGGCUGUGACAUGCUCACCAUGUAUAUUCUUGCUACGCCAUAUUGACGCAUUGGCUAAGAAAAGCGCGACCCUUGAAACUGGACAAGAACCUACUAUUUCUACAGUGUUGCAGGAUAGUUUCAAACAAUUGGUAGAAAAUUUUCAGACAAUAGGUUAUCCAGUUCUUGUGGUGGGUACUACAAGCAACAUUGAGAAAGUGCCCGCAAGCGUCAUAGGAUGUUUUAGACAUGAAAUCAUAUUUGAAGCUCCUGAUGAACCAUCCAGAUUAGCGAUAUUAGAGAAUUUGACUAGAGAAACUCCUGUUGCACCAGAUGUUUCAUUACCAUCACUGGCAACACAGACUGCCGCAUUAGUUGCGAAAGAUUUAGUGGAUUUACUUGCAAGAGCUGGAUUGGCUGCGCUUGAACGAGUUGAAAAAAUCGUAACCAAAGAAAAACAAGCAUUGAAAGAUAGUGAUCUUAUACACGCUGGUAUUGCGUUGACCGCAGCUGAUUUUGAUGAGGCCUUGGGUAAAGCCAGAGCUUCUUAUUCAGAUAGUAUCGGAGCUCCCAAAAUUCCAAAUGUUACAUGGGAUGAUGUUGGAGGUUUGGCAUCUGUAAAGGAUGAUAUUUUAGACACCAUUCAAUUGCCAUUGGAACAUCCGGAACUGUUUGCCACUGGCAUGAAAAAGAGAUCGGGAAUAUUGCUCUAUGGGCCGCCAGGCACAGGAAAAACUCUAUUGGCUAAAGCCGUGGCUACAUCAUGUUCUCUAAAUUUUUUUUCUGUUAAAGGUCCCGAGCUACUAAAUAUGUAUAUUGGCGAAUCCGAAGCCAAUGUUCGAAGGGUAUUUCAGCGGGCCAGAGAUGCUAAACCGUGUGUUAUCUUUUUUGAUGAACUAGAUUCGGUCGCUCCCAAAAGAGGAGAGAAGGGUGAUUCAGGAGGUGUGAUGGAUCGAAUUGUUAGUCAACUGUUAGCUGAACUGGAUGGAAUGGGUCAAGGUGGUGGAUCUUCAGAUGUAUUUGUUAUUGGUGCCACAAAUCGUCCGGACUUAUUGGACCCGGCAUUAUUAAGGCCUGGAAGAUUUGACAAACUCCUUUAUCUUGGUGUCAGCGAGGAUAACGAGACACAGCUCAAAAUUAUUCAAGCGCUGACAAGAAAGUUCCGAUUACACCCGUCACUAGAUCUUCGAGCUGUAGCGGAAAGUUGUCCAUUCAAUUAUACUGGGGCUGACUUCUAUGCGCUUUGCUCAGACGCCAUGUUGAAAGCUAUGUCAAGGGUUGCAGAAGCAGUGGAAGCAAAAGUUGUCAAUUUAAAUGCUCAUCCGACACCAAAUCUACCAAUUCCCAUAACGUCGCAAUACUAUCUUAACCAUCUGGCUACACCUAAAGAUACACUUGUUGAGGUGACACAGGAAGAUUUUCAGAGAGCUUUGCAGGAGCUAAUCCCCUCGGUCUCAGAAAAAGAAUUAGAACAUUAUCGUAUGGUACAAAUGGGAUUUACUCAACAGAUAGAGGGGAAAAAAAUAGAGAAAGGAAUCUCUACUAUGGAGUCUCCGUUGUCAUCAAAUUAUUCGCAUGGUAAUAAUGGACAGAGCAGUGGUUAUGCCAACCAUAUGAAUGAUGGUAAUAGCCAUUCCAAUGUAGACGUUGAUAAUUAUAAUUCGGUUAACAAGGGCAAGGGAAAAGCAACGGCUGAUUAA